GCAAGUGGAAAUGGGUUUGUGGAUCUGCUGGCUGAGGGGGUGCAAAGAAGACCGGACCGUGCACACACACACACACACACACCAGACACACACACACACCAUCGCGUAGUCAUCUCACCGAAUUUCAGCUCGUGACGUCGUCUGUUUUAUUUACAGCUCUGGCAUAGGUGUGUGUUCAUUGCUCAGUGUGUGUGAGUGUGUGUGUGAGAGAGAGAGAGAUAGUGUGUGUGUGUGUGUGAGAGAGUGUGUGUGAGUGUGUGCUGGGGGUGGUGUUGCACACAUCUCUGUAAGAUCUGCAAGGCAGGGUGGAGAUCUAUCAGGGUUCUUGGGGAGGUUUAGAUGUUUAUUUCAGAGUGCAUUAAGGCCAGGACGCUAGUUUAGGGCGUUUUGUUUGCGCGCGUGCAGAAGCAGAAGACGACAGACAGACGACAGGCGACAGACAGCGACGACAGCAGCGACGGUAUCGGGUCGCGUCGUGAUGUCGUAAAUCCAAACAAGAGACCUCGGUCGGAUGGAUGAAGAGAGCGCACAGCUUUCCGGCUUGGAGUAACGGUUAACCUAGCUUGUUAGCUAGCAAGCUAGCUUAGCUAUCUCUCUAUCUAUCUGUCUGUCUGUCUCUGUGUGUGUGUGUGUGUGUGUCUAUCUGUCCAUCUCUCCACCUCUCCCCUGCUACUCGCCGCUCGCGCACCCGGAACACCGGACAGAACCCCACCGCAGUUCAUGUUCCGUCACGAAGUCGGCGUCCUGUCGUUCAUCCCGUCGUGUUCGUACCUGUUCCAGCACGAGAAGAGGAACAUGUCCCGCUACAGCAUGUACAGCCUGCUGGACUGGAUGUACGGCGGAGUGGAUCCCCGGUUCGAGGGGAACGGAGGGCCCGAGUGCGCCGCCUUCCUGCCGCCGCGCCAGCGCGCGUGCGAGAGCCUGGUGUUCGUGCUGCUCUCCGUGGCCGAGGUGAUCGUGUCCGCGCGCCACAUCAGCGUCUCGAGGGCGCACCGGGAGGCCGUGAGGGACACGCGCCGCCACAAAGAGGACAGUCUGGGCAAGAACCUGCUGCUCGCCGCGCUCUGCAUCACCUUCGGGGUGGAGGUGGGCUUCAAGUUCGCCACCAGGACCGUCAUCUACCUGCUGAACCCCUGUCACGUGGUCACUAUGAUACAGAUCUUUCUGCUGGCGUGUCCACCCUGUAAAACAGCCAUGGUCGUGUUUAGGCUUCAGGUUCACAUGCUGAACGGCGCCCUGUUAGCUCUUCUCUUCCCCGUCGUCAACACAAGAUUACUUCCCUUUGAGAAGGAGAUCUACUACAUCCAGCACUCCAUGCUCUACCUGGUGCCCAUCUACCUGUUCAGGAAAGGAGGUGUGUACAAACCAGAGCCGCUAGGUGAUAUGUGGUGGGCGUUGUUAUCCACAGGCAUCCUCUUCCUCUACCAUUUUGUGUUCCUGCAGGGCCUGGGAAUGGUGACCGAGGUGAAUCUGAACAACAUGCUGUGUCCGGCUGUGUCCGAUCCGUUUUACGGGCCGUGGUACCGCGUGUGGGCCGCCGCCCACCAGACAGCGCUGACGCUGUUACACGGCAAAGCGCUCACCAUCAUCUGCCAGCAGGUCCCGUCCGCUCUGUGCCACCUGCUCCACUCGGGCCGCCUACGCUCCAAGAAAGUCGACUGAAACUCCACCCACAAAGCGUUCUGCACAAAUCCAGACUCAUCGAGUACCUUGUUUAUUUUAUUUUUUUCCUCUCUCCUAACUGGUGAUAACAGAAGGUCAAAACCGGCUUGUGCGAUAAAACGAUUUAAUCGUCUCUACACGAUAUUACACUGCCGCGAUAUCCAGUGACGUUUACUCUCAUCAUUAUUAUAUGAUAUUUCCAGACUUGAAAAUCUUUACGCAUUUUGUGUACGAGCUUCGUGAUUUAACACGCAGGAGUACGCUAGUACGAGUUCUCACUCAAAAACACUCCAAAAGAAAAGUCGUCUUUUUCUUCCCGAUAAAACAGGAGAUGAUUUGACAAUCGUCAUAUGAAUGACAGUUGUGUGGAUGUUUUGAUCGCUCUGAUAUUAAUAUCGGACGUCACCUGGAAGCCCCGCCCCCUUUCCCUCCGUCUCACCUGCUCUCGACCGGACUCGCGGCGCGAUCUCGCUUUCUGUCACGGUAAACGGAGAAUGUUUUGAGUUCAUCAAUGUGAAAUAAAAUCUGUUAGCGAACAUUAAACACGUAUGUAGUUAACGUCAGAACAGCAGGUACUGUAAUUAUUAGCGAUGUUACCGAAAAAAAAAUUCCAAAAAUUAUAACCUAAAGACAUGAAAUAUUCCUACAGCGAAGUGUUAGAUUUAACAUACACUUUAUAAAUAAUGUUAAUAGUCAAGAUAAAUAGAAAGUGAUUAAAUACAGUUAAGUUGUUGUUUUUUUUUUUUUUUUGCUCUCCUGCGCCGGUCAGCGUUCAGACGCAUUCAGACACUUCGAGCAGCAGAUCGACUGUGAAAGUGUCGGCCGUGUGGACGUCAGACAACCAGUUUGUAAAAGGAUUCUAUUAAAAAUGUACUGUUUUUUUAUUUCUUUAACUAUAAAUGCAGCUGAGUUUUUGCGAUUGUCUCUGCCAGGUAAGCAGCUCCCGACCGCACAGCUGGUAAUGUUGUUACUCCUCCUCUUCUCUGCUUAAAACUGAAAUGGUGGAAAUGCUUGCUCGUCAUUUUUUAAGGAUAACGAUUCUAGACGAUUAAAUCGUUUAUCGUGAUUUUUAAAAAAUGGUAAAAAUCGAUAUCGCACAAGCCUGAGUCUCUAAAGCUGGGAGACGCUGUAGGUCAGUGUUUUAUAUAAAGAUAUCGAACAGGUCUGAGGAUUUUACCGAAGUCACUCUGCUUGUGUUUGAGUUUCUACUCAUUUAGAGCAGACUUUUAUCUCCAGUUGCCUUUUAAUUAUUUUUUAUUUUUUACGUUUCUUGUACAGUCGAAUGAAGCCACCACUCCAUGUUUACACAGACACACCGCAGAACCGUUCUUUCGCUCUCAUCUCCAUCUCCGCCGACGUUUAGUGCGCAUCGUUGUUCAGCGUGUCGUAAGCAGCAUCCGUGUGUCGAUGUUGUGUUCGUAUCGAUGUGUGGCGCUUUUAACGUUUCCUGAUCUUCACCUCACUGUGAUUUUUUAGCGUAUCAUUAGUCCACUUUUGGAACGACGCAUGAAGAAAUCCUCACGUGCGCCCAGUCUGCAGGCUGAGCGUGUCGUGAGACAGCGGGCCUGAUUUUUGUCAACGUUUUAAAAACUUUAAAAACGGCUCAUUUUUCCUGCUUUUUGCCGUGAUUUGUCAGUCACACUCCUCAGUUCUCAUACUUAACAUCUCCAUUUUUUUUUUUCUCCAUAAAACAUCCUCAUACUGCACAUUAACACGUUUUUUUAAAAAAAAGAAAAUAAUAAAAGUUGUCAUACCUUGUACAGAAGAGAAGGAUAAAUUGUUUUAGGUCAUUUCUAGGUGUUUUUUUGCUUGUUUGUUUGUUUGUUUGUUUGUUUAAAGUUGGACGACAUCACGUGACUUUUUGAGAGACUUUCUUCUGAGAAUCUGAGAAGUGAACGUUUUGUGUUCCUCACAAAAACCUCUGUCAGGAAAAUGAGGGAUUUACAGACGUUGAUUCGUCGUCUGAAAAUUAAUCAUUCUGGUUUCAGUGUAUACACAUUGAUGCUCCUGACACACACACACACACACUCCAGAAACAGGUCUGAUUUCCACAGCUGGAUCUCAGCAGGGUUUUGUUGGAAGCCAGAUGGUGUUUCCUCCAAGGACUGGAACCGUCUGGAAUCCGAGACGACAAACUGAAAGGGAUUUUGUAGUUUUUCCUUUGUACAUAUUUUUGGUGAAGUAUGUACUGUAUUGUGGUAAUGAAAAAUAAAAGUUCUUCCCCAAAC